UGAAUGCGUUAGCCGACCAGAACUCGUCAGUGUGCUUGCUGUGUAGUUCUGCACUGACUGCGAUGACCACGAACCCUUCGCACAUCUUAAUUGCGCGAAAUUCACGAGGGCCAAACAAUAUCAAUCCAUCGGCCUCCCUCAGUUCACCUACGGAAACCCAUGCAGCAGCUUCAGGUAUAUUCCGUUCCUCGGGCUCACCUCCGUGGCUGCUCGAAGAAUGCGAGACCGAUGAUCUGGUCACCGAACUGAGUUUGUAUGACUCUGAGGAAGGUAUAGAGAUCGACGAGACAUUUACUCGCAAAGGAAGAUUCCCCGGAACCGUCAAGAUUGUUGUCGAAAGCACCAUUUUCUGGGCGCAUAAAGAAGUCCUUAUCUUUGCGUCACCCUUCUUUGAGGCUGCGCUGAGUGGCAGCUGGGCCGAGACGGGAAGACCACAGUCAAUGUCCUCAGUUAUCACUAUCUCGCAGCCUCCCUCCAUUCCAGGGGAGAAAGGCAUUAUCGAGACGCCCACAGAAAUGACAUUCACGCGUGAAGAUUCAUCUGAUACCGAGUCUCCUGUAGAGAUUGAAAACCCCCCGAGGAGCGAUACUGACAGUGGCAUGAGUGGCAGUGAGGAUGGCGAAGCUGACACCAAGGCCUGUGCUCGCAACAACAGUCUUGCAAAGCUGCAGGGUGCAACCAACAGUCGAGAGACCUUAUCAAGCCGUGACACCAAAGGGAAGCAGCGAACAGACGAUAGACCAUCGGUCAGGCGUGGGUCUCACACAGCACAUGCAACCGUCAGGCGACGCCGGCGUACUAAUUGCCAUGACGCUGUCAUAGUUCUCAAAGAGGAGAAAGCUAACACCUUUCACGACUUCCUGAAGUUUGUCUACCCUCAUCUCCAGUGCACCAUAACCUGGAAGAAUGUAGAAGGCCUUAUGAACAUCUCCCACAAGCUUUGUGUUCCGACACUCCAGCAGGAAUGCCUCACUUUCCUCCUGACCCACGCCGCCGGAAAACCUAUAAAGGCCAUGCGAAUUGCAGAACUUUUUGAGGAAGAGGAGCUCUACCGCGAGUCAAGCCGCUUCGUACUUGACAAUCCGGGCGGGUGGUCCGAAGAAGAGCUUAGCACCCUUAGCCAAGAGACUCUGCUGAAACUAGAGAAACGGAGAAACUGGUUCCUUGAGCGAGUGCUUAAACUGGGACUAACCCCACUUGCAAAGGAAUAUCAAUGCUGCGCUACUUGCCCUGAUUCUGCGAUUUGUGCUCGUCUUCUUGAGGAAAAAUGGAGACAAGCAUACAAUGCUGUUUUCCGUUUUGGUCCUUGUCAACCCUCUAUGGUAUAUCGCUAUUUAAGAAACCUGGAGGGUGUCAGCCCACCGCUCGCUCUAACACACCUUACGUGUCAGACAACGGCCAAAGCUUUCACUGCAACUCUUUUUGACAGGAUGUUUUCUUUGGGCAUCCGCAGCGAUGCCAAUGUUGCGCCUCUUGGUGCCCGCGUUGCUGCAGUAGCAGCCGCAGCUACUACUGGUCCUCGCCGUCACUUUCUCUUCUGCACCCUGAAGCCUGAAAAAGCUGUCCCUCGCAUCAGACGAUCUCGAGAAUUGCUAUAGACACAACCCUUCGAUCCAGUGCUUGCUACGUUUCAUAUCUGCAUUGCUUCCCACUGCUGAGAUCCAUCUGUAAGAUUCUUCCAUUCAUCGCUACUAGAAUAAGUGUUAUAGGCUCAUCAUUCCUUCAUAUAUGACUUAUGUAUUCCAUAGAAUCUUUAUGUAUUUUCUUGUGUUCCACAUAAUGGAGACUGGAAUUACACUUCUGAUGGUUGUGUGGACCAGAAUACAAGUUACUGCUCUCGAAACAUCAAAUGAAGGAGCCUUGAGCCAGGAGGCAAGUUGACUUGCCAUGUGGUUAUAUCAGAGGCCGUCCUUUUGAUGUUUCUUGCGCGUCUGUCGAGAGAUCGUGCUGGUGGCGCUUCACGGACGUGAUAU